UGUUCCCACUGACUGUCCCCCUGAACAACAGUUGCUUAGAGAAACCCCAGCGCGUCAGGUCCUCCGGUCUGGCUGGAUGGAUUUCAUUGCCACACUUGUAUUACUCAGUGUCCAGGGCUUCAGGUCCUGGGGUUGCCUGGCAGGAUGCCGGUGCUACAGUACGACGGUGGAAUGUGGAUCUCUGGGCUUGACGGCCGUUCCAACCAAUAUUCCUGCUUUUACCCAGACAAUAUUCCUGCAAGACAAUAGUAUCACUCGCAUCCGUUGUAAGGACUUUUCCCAUCUCUCCAAACUCCAGAACCUCUACAUUCAGAACAACAGCCUGGACACUAUAGAGGCUGGAGCCCUGACCCAACAGCGCUCCCUGGUGGAGCUUGCGCUCAAUGGCAACCGGAUCCAACAACUGGACCGCAGCAUCUUCAAGGGGUUGCAGCACCUACGGGUCCUGUACCUGGCAGCCAAUCAGAUCACCCAGCUGGCAGGCUUCACCUUCCACGAACUUCAGAGAUUGCAGGAGCUACACCUCCAGGAGAACAACCUGCAGUCCUUGGAUGACCAGGCUUUUGUGGGGCUCUCCUCGUUGGCCUUGCUGGACCUGAGCAACAACUGCCUGCACACACUGCACCAGGCAUCCCUGCAACCCCUGAGGAGCCUGCAGGAACUGCGACUGAUCGGGAACCGGUGGCGGUGUGACUGUGGCCUGCACUGGCUGAGGGCCUGGAUCGUGAGGGAAGGCCACCGGCUCCUGCUGGGCAAGGCCAUUCUGUGCGCCGAGCCCCCACGGCUGGCUGGCCAGGACCUGCUGGGCGUCCCCGGCACCAGCCUGGUCUGCAUCCCACCAGCAGUGCAGCUGGACCGCAGCGAGGUGGCGGCCCAGCCGGGAGAGGAGCUGCGCGUCACCUGCCGGGCCUCGGGUUACCCGCAGCCGCUGCUGGGCUGGAGGAGGCCCGGUGAGGCCUGGUCGUCGGUGGCAACGGCGGCGGUGGACUCGGCUCGUGGAGGCGGGAUGCUGGUGCUGCGCAACGUGACGGCCUCGCAGGCAGGCAGCUACGUGUGCGAGGCCCGCAACGGCGGCGCGGCUUCUGCCACCUUCACCCUGCUGGUCAACGCGUCGAGGCUGGCCGGGGCCCGUGGUCGGUCCCCGGGCCUCAGCCAGGAGCCGCUGUACGAGAGCGUGGACUUCGGGGCGCUGGGCACCGCCAGCCAGACCGCCAUCGCGGCCGGUAUCUCGCUGCUCGCCCUGACGGCGCUGCUGCUGCUGCUGGCCGUGAUCUGGCGGAGGCGUGGCUGGCGGGGGAAGGCCGAGCGGGCGGCAGCCGAGGGCCAGGAGGCGCCGUGCGGCCUUUACCUCAAUGACUACUCGGAUGGGCCCAGCACCUUUGCCCAGCUGGAGGAAUACCGAGACGGCACUGGCCGGGAGAUGUUCGUCAUUGACCGCAGCAAGAGGGACAUCCGCACCUACAAGGACUCAGCUGAGCCAGGCAGGCUGCUGCUGCGGCCGGGGCCUCCGCAGGACGAGGCCACGCAGACGGCCGAGGCCGAGGCCCGGAGGCCGCAGCAGGCCGACGUCUUCGAGAACCGUGGGACGGUGUUCAAGGAGGAGAUCGAGUACGAGAUCCACUGCUGAGCGCAGGCCUCAGGGCUAAAUUUUGACCCUCUGCAGGGAUCUGGGGUGGUGGUGUUGUGAGGCCUCUGCCACCGGGCUGCACAGUCAGAGGACGUGGAGAGCAGGGCGACCCGGCCAACGCUUAUCCCUUUAAAGCAGUGUUAACAGACAAGUUAUUUGGUCGCCGUCUCAUUACAGUUUGUAGGAUCUUGCUGUGCUCGAAUUGGCUGCCCUUGCAACAGAGCUUGAUCGGCUGUGAAGUGUCCUGGGACUCCCUGCCCCGAGUCCAGGAGAAACAGGAUGGGGAUCAACGCACAAGACACUGG